CAAGAGAGAGCCAGGAAGAAAGAAGAGAACCCCAAGCCCAGAGACAUGGCAACCAAACCCAAGCUCUUCUACUUUCGUGGCCGGGGCAGGAUGGAGUCGAUCCACUGGCUGCUGGCUGCAGCUGGAGUGGAGUUUGAAGAAGAAUUUAUUGAAACAACAGAACAAUAUGAGAAGUUGCUGAAGGAUGGACGCUUGCUUUUCGGCCAAGUGCCUAUGACUGAAAUUGAUGGAAUGGUGCUCACGCAGACUAGAGUCAUCCUCAGCUACCUUGCUGCCAAGUACGACUUGUAUGGGAAGGACCUGAAGGAGACAGGUAGCAUAGUGUUCACGUCUGUACUUGAUUCUUAUCUAAGCUCUGUAGUCCUGCACCUCCUGGGACCCAGUUAA